UUACAUUUGGGUUUGUAACAAUGCUCUGACUUUUUAACCGAGUAAAAGGAAAUUGGUUUAUGAAUGGCCUUUUAGGAGGAGGGUUGAACCGGCUGCCCAGCUCCUCCUUGUGUCUCCGAUGGCGAGUGUACUGCGUGUGAUUGCCAGCAGCUGUUCCAGUCCUCUCUUCGCUGGACUGACCUCGGUCCGACCUGCAAAAGUGCCAUGUGUGCGCUUCUUCAGGACUCACCAGGCUCUCGCGCGCUCUGCUAGCCUAGGGAUUCCUUACAAGCAGGUGACAGUUGGUGUUCCUAAGGAGAUCUUUGAGAAUGAGCUCCGGGUGGCGCUCUCACCCGCAGGGGUGGAUGCUCUCGUCAAGCAGGGAUUCAACGUGGUGGUGGAGUCUGGUGCCGGAGAAUCGGCCAAGUUCCCUGACGAGAUGUAUACCAAAGCUGGAGCUACCGUCAAGGGUGCCAAAGACGUGCUGUUGUCUGACAUUGUGGUUAAGGUCCGUGCCCCCAUGCUGAACCCAGCUCUGGGUGUACAUGAGACAGACCUGAUGAAGGAAGGUGCCACUCUGGUGAGCUUUAUCUACCCGGCUCAGAACCCAGAGCUGAUGGAUCGUUUGGCCAAGCGCAAGGCCACAGUGCUGGCCAUGGACCAGGUGCCCCGUGUCACCAUCGCUCAGGGUUAUGAUGCCCUCAGUUCCAUGGCCAACAUUGCUGGAUAUAAAGCUGUGGUCCUGGCUGCGAACCACUUUGGUCGCUUCUUCACCGGCCAGAUCACCGCUGCAGGAAAAGUUCCCCCUGCUAAGGUGCUCAUCAUUGGAGGGGGCGUGGCCGGACUGGCUGCUGCAGGAACUGCCCGGGCCAUGGGUGCCAUUGUCAGGGGCUUUGACACGAGAGCUGCAGCCUUGGAGCAGUUUAAGUCCCUGGGAGCCGAGCCGCUGGAGGUGGAUGUGAAGGAGUCUGGGGAAGGCCAGGGCGGCUACGCUAAAGAGAUGUCCAAGGAGUUCAUCGAGGCUGAGCUGAAACUGUUUGCCAAGCAGUGUUUGGACAUCGACAUCCUCAUCAGCACUGCUCUCAUCCCGGGUCGUAAAGCUCCAGUGCUCAUCACGAAGGAGAUGGUGGAGACCAUGAAGGAUGGUUCAGUAGUGGUGGAUCUGGCUGCCGAGGCAGGGGGCAACAUCGAGACCACUGUCCCUGGGCAGCUUGUAGUUCACAAAGGCGUGACCCAUAUUGGCUUCACAGAUCUUCCCAGUCGCCUUCCAACUCAGUCCAGUACCUUGUACUCCAACAACAUCACCAAACUCAUCCGUGCGAUCAGCCCAGACAAGGAGAACUUCCACUUCGACGUAAAGGACACCUUCGACUACGGAACAAUGGACCACGUCAUCCGAGGUUCAAUCGUCAUGCAGGAUGGAAAAGUACUUUUCCCCGCACCGCAGCCCAAUAACAUCCCUGUGGCAGCGCCUCCCAAACCCAAAACCGUGCAGGAGCUGCAGAAAGAGAAGGCUGCUGCUGUCUCGCCCUUUACAACCACGCUCACCACUGCCAGUGUCUACACUGGAGGUUUUGCUACGUUGCUCGGACUUGGACUCUGCGCACCUAAUGCUGCUUUCACGCAGAUGGUGACGACCUUUGGCCUGGCAGGAAUUGUGGGAUACCAUACUGUAUGGGGGGUCACGCCCGCCCUCCAUUCUCCUCUCAUGUCUGUGACAAAUGCCAUCUCUGGUCUGACUGCUGUCGGUGGGCUCUCGCUGAUGGGUGGAGGAUAUGCCCCGACCAACACAGCAGAAACUCUGGCUGUGCUUGCCGCCUUCAUCUCCUCGGUCAACAUUGCUGGUGGUUUCCUGGUCACUCAGCGGAUGUUGGAUAUGUUCAAGCGUCCCACAGACCCCCCGGAGUACAACUACCUGUACCUGGUCCCAGCUGGCGCCUUCGUGGGAGGCUAUGGAGCAGCUCUGUACAGCGGCUACAACAUAGAGCAGAUGAUAUACCUGGGCUCUGGCCUGUGCUGUGUUGGUGCUCUUGGCGGUCUGUCCACUCAGUCCUCUGCACGUCUGGGUAACGCCCUGGGUAUGAUCGGAGUGGCAGGCGGCAUCGCUGCAACUCUGGGUGUCCUGAAGCCCUCCCCUGAGCUCCUGGGCCAGAUGAGCGCUGCCAUGGCUGUGGGCGGUACGGCCGGUUUAGCCAUCGCUAAGAAGAUCCAGAUUUCAGAUCUGCCUCAGCUGGUGGCUGCCUUCCACAGUCUGGUUGGUUUGGCUGCCGUACUCACCUGUGUAGCCGAGUACAUGGUGGAGUACCCGCACUUUGCCACGGACCCUGCUGCCAACCUCACUAAGAUUGUUGCAUACCUCGGAACCUACAUUGGCGGCGUCACCUUCAGCGGUUCCCUAGUCGCGUACGGCAAGCUGCAAGGUCUCCUGAACUCCGCCCCGCUUAUGCUCCCAGGCCGUCACGCUCUAAACGCCAGCCUCAUGGCUGCCAGCGUGGGAGGCAUUGUGCCCUACAUGCUGGACCCCAGCUACACCAUGGGCCUCACCUGCCUCGGCUCCGUUUCCGCCCUUUCGGCCAUCAUGGGAGUGACUCUGACUGCAGCCAUUGGUGGAGCAGACAUGCCAGUUGUCAUCACAGUGCUGAACAGCUACUCAGGCUGGGCUCUGUGUGCCGAGGGCUUCCUGCUCAACAACAACCUGCUCACCGUCGUCGGAGCGCUGAUCGGCUCCUCUGGAGCCAUCCUGUCCUACAUCAUGUGUGUGGCCAUGAACCGCUCACUGGCCAAUGUUAUCCUUGGCGGCUAUGGAACCUCCUCCACCGGCACUGGCAAACCCAUGGAGAUCACUGGCACCCACACAGAGGUCAAUGCGGAGCAGACUGUGGAGAUGAUCAAGGAGGCCCAGAACAUCAUCAUCGUCCCAGGUUAUGGUCUAUGUGCAGCUAAAGCUCAGUAUCCCAUUGCUGACCUUGUCAAGUGUCUGACCGAGCAGGGCAAGACAGUCAGGUUCGGCAUCCACCCCGUUGCUGGGCGCAUGCCUGGGCAGCUGAACGUGCUGUUGGCUGAAGCUGGUGUGCCAUACGACAUUGUUCUUGAGAUGGAUGAGAUCAACCAUGAUUUCCCUGAAACUGACCUAGUGCUGGUCAUCGGAGCCAACGACACCGUGAACUCAGCGGCUCAGGAAGACCCCAACUCAAUCAUCGCUGGAAUGCCAGUGCUGGAAGUGUGGAAGUCCAAACAGGUCAUUGUGAUGAAGAGGUCUCUGGGUGUGGGCUACGCGGCCGUGGACAACCCCAUUUUCUACAAACCUAACACCUCAAUGCUUUUAGGAGAUGCCAAGAAGACAUGCGACGCGUUGGCUGCUAAAGUGCGUGAAGGUUAAUGCCCAAGUUCUGGAGUACUGGGUGUCCAUGAGGGAAGAAAAAUUGCUGCACCCUUUUUAGAGGCAACAGGGUGUACAAAUUGACCAUUAUACCCCUUAGACAAAGUAGAAAUGAUAAAGCUCCACUCCUUGCCACACUCCUAUUUUCCUCCCCAUCUGUGAAGGUUUAGUUUGUUUUUGAUAAGUAUUUGUGUUCUGCCUAAUUUAAUUGUACUCUAAAGUUAAAAAAAAAAAAAAAGAAACCUUUCGAUUCAGUAGGAGCUAAACACAACUUGUCAGGGAAUUUUUUUUUUUUUUCAUCUGUUUGUCAAUUAUUUUAAUCCGUAGGUUUUUAAGAGGGAACAGAGCAUAAUAAGGGUUAAGUGACCAGCCUGUGAAACCAUAAAAGAUGGAAUGGGCCUUUUUAUUUAUUUAUUUUUUUAAAAAUUUUUUUGGAUGCAAUGCAAUAUUUUUAUUUCAUACCUCAUUAAGGAGUCCUGGAUCUGAAGAAUCAAUAUCAGAAAAUUACAAAGCAGAUCAGAGGUGAGCUUUAUCCUUCUGUCUAAUUAAAUAAACAAGACAACCGCCAGAAUGAUGUUCAGGUCUAGUCUCAUGCUGGUUCGUGUGCCACGUCUUGUUUCCUACUUCACAUGCCAAGUCCAUUUAUGACAGUUUUGUUUGGCAUUUUUUGACUGCUGUUAAUAAUACAAAGCAUUAUGAGGAAGAACACAACAGACCCUACCUCUUGACAGUAUUAAACCUGACCAAACGAUCCUGUAUGACGAAGACGAUUACCCAAAGCACAUGUCCCACCUACUGUUUUACGUAAUCUGCAGCAGCAUUAAUACAUCCAGCUUGCUCCUUGAUUUUAAGCAGAUCUGCUUAAUACUUUUACACCAUUUCAAGUAACAGUUGGCAUCAUGUUUUUUUUUUAAAGAAAAGCAAACAACUUUUUCUCCCCCAAACCAACAGCUGAAUAAAAAAAACAAGAAAUAAGCAAUAAAGCAAUCACAACAUAGGAAAUAAAUGGGAUUUUAAAAAAAAUUAAGCGGUUUCUAUUUGAUGAUAUGCAGAUGUUCUCACUCCACUUUUUACUGUGUGUUAUGUAGAAAUAUUGAGGCUCUUAAAUAUUCUUUGUGCAAAAAGAAGUGAAAGUGAAGAGAAAAACAUUUCAUUGUGUCAUGGUUAGCAGACUAAAUGAGUUAAUGAUGGACUGAAGUUUUUUUUUCUCCUCUCUGCAAUUAAUCGUGAAACAUCGCUCUUAAUAAACAUCUAGAUUUAAAAAAAACAA